CGUCACUGGCGUGUUUUGGAGGAGGUUGGAGGAAGAUGGCGGGGUCCAAGGUGAAGCAGGACAUGCCUCCUCCGGGAGGCUAUGCUCCCUUUGAUUAUAAGAGAAAUCUACCGAAACGAGGACUUUCGGGAUAUAGUAUGUUCGGCAUUGGCAUCGGCAUCAUGGUCUUUGGGUACUGGAGGCUAUUCAAGUGGAACAGAGAGAGGAGGCGACUGCAGAUUGAGGAGCUGGAAGCCAGGAUAGCUCUGAUGCCUCUGCUGCAGGCAGAGCAUGACCGAAGGACCUUACGGAUGCUGAGGGAAAACUUGGAAGAGGAGGCAGUCAUCAUGAAGGAUGUUCCAGGUUGGAAGGUUGGCGAGAGCGUCUUUCACACAGACCGCUGGGUCACCCCUCUGUCAGAGGAGCUGUUCAACCUCAGGCCCCGCGAAGAGCUUUUGCACAAGCGUUUCGGCUUCCUGUGGUACGUGUGAGCACCACCGAGACCAGCAUCCCGAGCUCCUCCACCUUCCACAGGCAGUACCACCUGGACCUGUGCGGUCGUGCACUUCAGCUUGUAAAUGUUCCAAAUUAAAGUAUCUGUUUUUCUGUACCUGA